AUGUACCGCUUAGCGUUUAUUGUUUUUGUCGCAUCAGUGUCUGCGAACUCGUGCCCAGAGGUCCAGCCUGUAGACAAUUUUAACAUUACCUCUUAUGGGCAAGGCAUAUGGUAUGAAGUCGCAAGAUACUCCAACUCCGGUGAAAAUAUUGGCGAAUGCGGUUCUGCUGAAUACAAAUUAGAUGGCAAUGAGAUAAAAGUAAAAAAUUUCCACGCUAUCAACAAGAAGGCUACAUAUGUCGAAGGAGUAGCAAAGCUUGCUGCAGAUGCUGGUAAAUCUGGAAAAGUGGACCUUAACCUGCCACAUGGAGCGGGCGGUGUCCUAAAUAAUAUUGUUUUAAAUAUUUUGGCAAUUGACUACAAUAGAUACCUAAUUGCCUAUUCUUGCAAAAUUGAUGAAGCUUCACAUCACCAGAUAGAAUCCGCCUGGAUCCUCUCUAGAUCUAAAAUUCUUUCAGAUGAGUCUAAGACCGCUGUUGACAAAUUUUUAAAGGAAUCCAAGAUUUUAAGCGCUGAUAAAUUCGUUUGGCCGAAAUUUAGCGAAGACGCCUGUAAAGUUGAUGCU